AUGCGUUGGCUUUCUAAGGAAAAUCUUCUUCUGCUUCUGACCGUUUGCGGUGUCAUCAGUGGAACAAUUCUGGGAAUAAGUUUAAGAGAUCCCGAAACAAAAUGGAGUAAACGGCAUUUGAGUUAUCUUCGCUUUCCCGGAGAUGUUUUCGUACAAAUGCUGAAAAUGCUGAUUCUUCCACUGAUAAUGUCAAGCAUUGUAACAAGUUUGGCAUCUGUCGAUUCGAAAACAGCUGGAAAAUUGGGAAUGAUAUCCCUUCUCUACUACUUUAUAACAACUAUGAUUGCUGUUAUAACAGGAAUUAUUCUUGUAACUGCUAUUGAACCAGGAAAAUGGUCCAUCACCAAUGUGGAGGAGCUUGUUGGAGAAGUCCACCAGGCUCCCUGCAUUUCGAACGCUGUUGAUACAAUUCUCGAUUUGGCCAAAAAUUUAUUCCCUGAAAACUUGAUUGAGGCUACUUUCCGAUCUUACAAAGUUUGCAUGAAAUUUUUGAAUGGAACACAAAAAGUCAAUCCGGACGUCGUUCUUGGAUUAAGCGCUGAGCAACGUUUGAAGUUCACUGAAGUUCCGGAAAAGAUAUCAUCAGAUGGUAUGAAUAUCCUGGGACUGGUAAUGUUCAGCGUUGCUAUUGGUAUAACCCUCGGAUAUAUUGGAGAAGAAGGAGCUGCGUUGAAGGCUGUAUUCAAAAGCUUGGAAUCUGUUAGCAUGAGACUUAUAUCACUUGUUAUAUGGUACUCACCAAUUGGAAUAACUUUCCUGAUCGCUUCGCAAAUUGUUGGUAUGACUGAUCCCGGAAAAGAACUGCACCGUUUGAUGGGCUAUAUGAUCACAGUUCUAUUGGGUCUUUUCCUACAUGGACUGGUUAUUCUUCCAAUCCUCAUGAUUGUGUUAGCACGACGUAACCCAAUCAAAUAUGUGGCCGGAAUGGCUCAAGCACUUCUGACAGCUUUGGCAACAAGUUCUAGCUCCGCCACAUUACCAUUAUCGAUCAAAUGUGUAGAAGAAAACAAUGGAGUGGACAGUCGAGUCGCCAGAUUUGUCUUGCCUUUGGGAGCAACAAUUAAUAUGGACGGAACUGCAUUAUACGAAGCUGUUGCUGCUAUUUAUAUCUCGCAGUGUGUUGGUUUGCAACUCUCAAUUGGUCAAGUUAUCUUGGUCUCUCUUACUGCCACGUUGGCCAGCAUAGGAGCAGCUGGAAUACCUCAAGCAGGAAUUGUGACAAUGAUCAUGGUUCUAAUUGCAAUAGGCUUACCUUCAAAUUUGUUUAUUCUGAUUUUCCCAGUUGAUUUCUUCCUUGAUCGCAUCAGAACAACAGUUAACGUACACGGAGAUGCGAUUGGAGCAGCAGUCGUGGGACGAUUGUGCGAAAAGUUCUUAGCACAAGAUUCAGGCAAUCCUCAUAUUGAAGAUGGCUACAGUGUACUUGCUGCUUCACCUGAAAAUAAUAAGAAGAACAUGAUAGGCAAUAUGAAAAGUAAUGCGCAAAUGCUCUAA